AUGGAUAUGGAUAUCGAUACUACAGCACCCGCAACAACACGGACGAAACCUACAUCAUCUGCAACUACAACGACGCCGACGGUCCUCACCCGUCUCUGUGACACCCAGGCAGAAAGCUUCUACAUCUACCUCACCGUCGCCGUGCAAGACCUCUUCGGUUCAGCAAUGGGGGGCGGGAUCAACAUCGAUAUCCUCGGUUUUUGGACCACCGCCUCCCAAGACCCCUACAACCGCCUCCUCCUCCUCCCCCCCACCUCAAAUAUACCCGCAAGCAGCAGCACCGAAGGAAAAGAUAUCACAAAAGUGACAGUGACGCCAACAUACUCGCCAACGACAGCAGCAUCGUCAGUCCUACGCUGCCACUCAUUAGACGUGAACCAACUCUGGAAUUCAUUGACGUUAUUCAACACGCUGGUGGAUGAUUUCGAGGCUCGGUUUGAGGUUCGGUAUGUGGCUUCGACGUUGAUGGGUUUGCAGGCCAAUUCUCGUCAACUGAAGUGGCCUGCAUAG